AUGGCCCAGAUCAUAAUCUUUUUCCGGUGGUUCUUGGCGGCGAGUGGUGGAGAGAAACGAGCAUUUGGGGUGAUGACGAUAAUGUCAACCAACCCCAACACCAGUCCCAGUUCCAAUCCCAAAGAACAAACCAAUUCCCAAUCACCCAAAAGCCGGCGAUGGCGGCAGAGCCAGGUGGUGACUGCCAUGAUAGCCAUCGUAGCGCUCUUGAUCUCCACUGUAGCGUGGCUCUCUCUGGUGUUCUCCGACAGUUCUCUGUCGCUCAAGGUGUCCGAGGACAUCUCUAGGUUUCAGUACACAAACCCGACAGGUCACUCGUCAGGGCUCCGAAUCUCCCGGAUAAUUUCCGAGUGCUUCUGCCUCUGCCUCUGCCUCCGCCUGCCUAAAGUCCGGUGGUUCGUGCUUGCGAACGACGACACCAUCAUCAACGCCGAUAACCUCGUCGCAGUUCUGAGCAAAUACGACACGUUGGAGAUGGUUUAUGUGGGGCGUCCAUUAGAGAGUCACUCUGCCAAUACGUAUUUCAGUCAUUCCAUGGCUUUUGGCGGUGGGGGUAUUGCUAUUAGCUAUCCUCUAGCGAAAGCUCUCUCUGAAAUUCAAGAUGCCCGAAACUCUAUGGAAGCGAUGAUUGACUCCAUGCUUGCAUUACUGAGCUUGGGGAACCUUUAA